UCACAGGUGCAGACGGAACCAAGGCGACUUGUAUUGAAAAAUAAAAGCGUCCAAUUUAUAGGUACGGAUCGAGUCGUCGCCUUCCUCGUGCAGCACCAUAUUCCUCUGCAUCCCCCAACCCCCGCCCGACCGAACAGCUUAGAUAAGAGCAGACCAGAGCAGAGCAGAGAGAGAGAUGGCGAUAGCUAUUCCGGUGAAGGCGUUGCCGCUGUCGUUCGUGGUGCACGCGCUGGCGAUAGCGGGCGCGGUUCUGGUGUUGGUUUGGAACAUCUACUUCAGAGGCGGCUUGGCCUGGGAAUCCACCGACAAAAGCCUCAUCUUCAAUCUUCAUCCUGUUCUGAUGUUGAUUGGUUUGAUUAUCAUUGGAGGUGAAGCCAUUAUUAGUUACAAAGCUCUUCCUUUCAAAAAAGAAGAGAAAAAAAUAAUUCACCUAGUUCUGCAUGCUAUAGCACUGAUACUCGGUAUAAUCGGUGUUUAUGCGGCAUUUAAGUAUCACAAUGAGAGCAGUAUUGCCAAUCUGUACAGUUUACACUCCUGGCUUGGAAUUGGAGUUAUUUCCCUCUAUGGCAUUCAGUGGCUUUAUGGAUUUGUUGCUUUCUUCUACCCUGGGGGAACGGCUGCAAUUAGAAGAGAAUCACUUCCAUGGCAUGUGCUGUUUGGAAUAUUCGUCUACAUCUUGGCUGUUGCCACUGCCACGUUGGGGUUCCUCGAGAAGCUGACAUUCCUUGAGAACUCUGGCCUCGCUAAAUAUGGCUCUGAGGCUUUUCUAGUCAACUUCACUGCCAUUAUCACUGUAUUGUAUGGAACUUUUGUGCUAUUGACAGCUCUCUCUCAAGGUCCAGUCGAAGAUGACUAUAGCUACUCUGCAAUAUGAAAGUGAUGUUCUUAUCCACGGCUACAAGUUGUAAGGUACCAUAGGUUACGCGUUUGUAAUAUCCAUGUGGAAUAGAAUUGUGAUAUUUAUGGAUGUUACGUACGGGUUGUAGUAAUUUUACCUGUUAUUAUUUGAACCCUUCGCUUGGGGCUUCCUCUUGUCCACUCCUUAGUGAUGUACCAUUGCAGCCCUACUGAAAUAAGGUGAAUGAAUGUGGUUUAGUUGAUGCUUUA